AAUGCAUAUUAUCAAGUGUCUGCAAACUGCAGUUUGCUUGGAUUUCUCAUUUCCUGAACAAAAUUAAUACUUUAACAUUGAUCGUUGGAUUGGAAAGUGGCAUCAUUAAAGAUGGACGAUCUUAUUCCGACGAAAAAACGACGUGUUAAGGGCAACAAGAAUCGUCAUCGUGCUGUAUGGCGCAAAAGCAGUAAUGUGGCAGAUGUGGAGGACUUCAUCGAGGAGCAGCGCGAAAACGAUCGAUUGGGUCUUGGUGGUGGCUUACACGAAAAGAAAGAUGCGGAAUUGUUCAUUGUUGAGGAUUCGCUGCCACAGCCUGAAACCAGUCGGGUCGCCGUCAAAGAGGAAACUCCCGAUAUUCCCCUCGGCUCGCCGUCCUUUCCUCUCUUCCCGCUGUCUAAGAGCUCUUUCAAACCAAUAUUACCAAAAGAAUCCCUGUGGAAAGAUUUACAAUGCUUUAAAUCAUUAUCCGGAGGGCGAUCGUCCGAAAAGAUCAAGCCUCACGCUCGCAAGACCACGGAGAUCAAAGCCUGCAAACUGCAGCGCUACCACGAUGCCGUCGCUCUGCGAAAGGCCAGGAAGGCGGUCAGGGCAGCGCAGCCGAGAGGCGUGACGAAAUCUCACAAGGAUCCCCUCUUCAAUCGCGAUCUGUGGGCGGGAGACGGUGCUUCCGGGACUGGGAGCGAGGUGCCGGAGGAGCGGAAGCCGGCCAUUUCCCGACCGCAGCGAGCGCCGAUGACGCUGCAGUCGCGCGUCAAGUCCACGCUGGCCGCCGUCGAACUCCCGCAUCCCGGGACGUCCUACAAUCCCGCGCCCGCCGAUCACCAGAGUCUCUUGUCGUCUGCCACCGAGAAAGCCCAAGCACAGCAACGCGAGGAAGAAAAACUGCGCGACUUCAGCAAGAAGCGCACCGUGGCCGAUAAGUGUGCAUCUGAUUCCUGGAUGGAUGAGAUGCGGCAAGGACUUCCGGGGGCAGAGGUAGAGAGCACUGUCGAUGAUGCUCCCGCAGGUGAAGAUGUGGAAGAAUUCGAGAUCAACCGGAAGACGGCCGGCGAUGCCAGAAAGACCAAAAAGGAGCGCAGAAAGCAGAAGCUCCUAGAAGAACAGAAAUCCCAGCGCUUAAAGUUAAAGGAAAAAAAGAUUCUGGAGCAUGAAGUGUUCAGCGUUAAAAAAAUUCUGAAACGGCUGGAUGUUAAGGCCAAAGAGGACGCGGCACAGGCACUGGUCCGUAAGGCCAAGCGAGACGAUCCCCUGCGACUUAGGAAACUGAGCAAAUACAAAUUCGAAGAAGCAAAUCCUGAUGUGCAGUUACCAGAGGAUAUGGCCGAUAAUCUACGCACGCUGCGGCCGGAGGGCAAUUUGCUGUUGGACCGUUACAAAAGUCUACAGCGGAGGAACAUCGUGGAGCCGCGUCGACGCCAAAAGAUUAAACGCAAAUACAAACUGAAAUCCUACCAGAUCGAAGGUCGCAAACUGGAGGAGUUGAAGACGUAGAAUAAUAUGUUCUGAACAAAAUCAAACAAAUGCAUUGUUUCCACCGUUGACUAAAUGUUCGUGUGUGUCAGCUGUCAAGCGUGUAUGUGUUGGCAGCGGCAUCCAAGAAAGCCGGUGCGCGGAAAAUGCUGACUGAGCAGUUUGUAGAAUUGACUCAGGCAUCUGACUGUGGUCGCUUUGCGCAUCGAAUGAAGCCGAUUAAAGUUUUAAUAUUCUGUAA